CCCCAGUGUAAAUGACAACCAUGCGCCUGGGUGAAAGUCCUGUGUUUGUUCUUCCACGCCCCCGACCUCGCACCUUGACCCUAGCUGUGUCUCAAUUCAGGGAGACUCAUCCAGGGUCAUCCACCUACCGAAGACCCAGGAUGAGUUACAACCGAUAUCCCGUGGGUUUGCAGGGCUGGCAAGACACAGAGCCUUUUUUAAAGCAGCUGGAGCAAUCGAUGGCUGCCAUGUCCGCAUCAAGCCAACGAGCAGCCCUGAUGGUCAGUGCUAUAGGAACAGGAAACUGUUUCCAUCCAUCAUCCUGCAGGCUGUCUGUGACCAUCAGGGCCGCUUCAUUGACACCUACGUGGGCUGGCCUGGGUCGGUCCACGACUCCAGAGUGCUCCGCUACAGCCCACUGUACAGGAGUUCACUCUACCCUCCUCCAGGGCAUUUCAUCUUCAUCAUCUUCAACACCCACUCCCCCUCGUCACUCCCUACAAGAGGCCAAUACAAGGUGUGGGAGCCCAGCGCUUCAACAGCCAUCACUCCAGGGCACGAUCCAUUAUAGAGCGUGCUUUUGGGAUGAUGAAGACCAGGUUCCGGGCCAUCUUCCUGCAAGCGCUGGAGGUGCACCACACCUUUGUACCUCACGUCAUAACAGCAUGUGCCAUCCUCCACAUCUGCCUUGGUGCUGGUGACAUUGUGGCCCCAGAGGAUGAGCCUGAGGAGGACGAGGCAGAGGAUGAGGGGGAGAACGGUUUGGAGACAGUUAGCGGUGCUCCCUGCUAACCCACUGAUGGACGAUGCGGUGGACAGUGGAGAGAUGCAUCCACACCUGCAACACACUCUGGAGACCACCCCAGAUGAUGUCCUGCUGACCAGGGUCUUUAUUGUGGCAGCCCAUCCAGGUCCA